AUGGGGGAUGAAAAGCCAGACACUCUGGACUUUGUAAGAGAUUUCCAAGAGUAUCUCAGCCAACAAACUCAGCACGUCAACAUGAUCUCAGGCUCCGUGAGUGGCGUAAAAGAGGAAGAAGAACUCCCACCUGACUGCACUCAGAAUGGUUUGGAGCAUGCCUCUGUGGACAUGACCCUGGAGGACAGUUCAGGAAUCCUAGUAGACGGUUUUGAGAGGACCUAUGAUGGAAAGCUGAAGUGUCGCUACUGCAACUAUGCCACAAGAGGCACUGCUCGUCUAAUCGAGCACAUCCGAAUCCAUACAGGAGAAAAGCCUCAUCGUUGCCACCUUUGCCCCUUUGCUUCGGCGUACGAACGACACUUGGAAGCCCACAUGAGGUCACACACUGGAGAAAAGCCCUACAAGUGUGAGCUCUGCUCCUUCCGCUGCAGUGAUCGUAGCAAUUUAUCUCAUCAUCGCCGCAGACGCCACAAACUUUUGCCAAUGAAAGGGGCUCGCUCACUUUCUCACAAGAAGAUGCUAAGUGCACUACAAAAGAAAGCUACUUCACUUGGCUAUGGUCGUCGGCUGCUCAUUAACUUCAGCCCUCCCUCAAUGGUGGUGCAGAAAGCUGACGAGGUCAUUGACUAUUCACACGAGCUACCACAUCUUCGCCAGGAGGCGUACGAUAACCAGAGUCGGUCGGGAGAGGAAGGGCUGCCUGUAAACCAGAAUCACCUUCACCAUGAUAUGGUCAUGGAGAACCCACUGAACCAGCUGUCAACUUUGGCAGGGCAGCUGGCUAGCCUUCCAUCAGAGGCCCAGGUGCAGACACAGGGGCCCAUGUCUCCAGGAGCUGAGUCUGUCGUUGAUGAGAAGCCCUUCCUCAUCCAGCAGCCUCAUCCUGCUACAGCUCCUGUGGCAGUCACUGCCAGCAUGGCACAUGCCUCCUCGUCUUCACCAAUCACCCCAGAGCCCCGUGCCCCACCCCACAGCAACUGCAGUCCAGGAGGGGUGCCUUGUAGUGAGCACAGCGGCCACAACAGUACCCCAAGCAUCUCCAACAGCCAACCCAGUACUCCAGCUCCGGGCUUGGCCGCUCCCUUGCAGGACCCCCAUGCACUUCACCACUGCCAGCACUGUGACAUCUACUUUCCUGAUAACAUUCUUUACACCAUCCACAUGGGCUGCCAUGGCUACGAAAACCCAUUUCAGUGCAACAUUUGUGGCUACAAGUGCAAGAGCAAGUAUGACUUUGCCUGCCACUUUGCCCGAGGGCAGCACAAGCAGUAA